AUGUCGCAUCGUGAGCCCAUCAAGCGCUUCGUCACCGGCCACAACGAAAAGGGACAGGCGGUCCUCGUCGAUGAGACGCCCAUCCCCCACAAGCAAAUCCUAGAUGACGGCACCACCUUCGCUCUGAUCUGGAGCACGGACCAAGCACCCGCCGACAACUCGGACCCCCGCGACGGCGCGAAGCCUCCAGUCUUCAGCGGCAAGUCACACAACCCCAACGGCGGUUCAGUGCUUCGCAUCGUCGACAUUGCGCCCCUCAGUCCCUCGCCCAUGCAUCGAACCACCUCAAUCGACUACGGCAUCAUCCUCUCGGGCCACUGCGAGCUCGAGCUCGACGGCGGCGAAAAGCGCCUCCUCGGCCCACACGACAUCUGCGUCCAGCGCGGCACAAACCACAUCUGGAGGAACCUCAGCGAGACCGAGUGGUGCAGGAUCGCCUUUGUCCUCCUCGAGGCAAAGCCGCUCCAAAUCAACGGACAGGCACUGGGCGACGAGAACUUCCCCGAGGGCCCAAAGGACAACUAG